UUCAUUUCUUUACUUUUAUUGCUCAUUUUUAAAAUCUUAUUAGCUUUGUUUCGUUACAAUAUUUAUGUACACUUUGUCAAUCAUGUGUUAUAACUCUUGGAAAAUUUGAUGCGCAACUCCAAGUGUUAUAAUACAACAUAUGAUUGACAUAAUAAUAUACGAUAUCUCAUUUUCAAUUUUUACAAUACAUACAAGAUAUUAAACUACAUGAAACAAACAUUCUAAUAACAUUCUGUUUUUUUUUAUAUUUACAAGAAGUAAAUUGAUAGGCAAAUAAUUUAUAUGACGUAUAAUUUACCUGCAACCUUCUAUAUUGAUGAAUAGACUCGAUCAAUUCAACGCGUUUUCACACGAAAUAGACAAAUUUGGUUGAAAAAGUGUCGGACUGCCCCGCGAAUCAAGAUUAUUGUUAACGAUUGACGAAUAAAUAUCAGGUUAAAGAACCCGUCACGGCGGCUAUGAUGAUGAUCAAGAAAUGCUAUACCACAUACACCACAUACACCACAAAUACACCACAAGCAUACGGCUGACUGAUGUAUGCCAACGCCACUCGUGUCAAAAAUAUGAAAGGGAGAAUUCCUGAAAGGCGACGACGACAAUGACGACGUAUCUUACAUGUAAAACGUCGAAAUUUAGACUUUGUGUCGCGAUAUCUUUGCUUGUAGGGCAUAGAAAUAAAAAAUAAAAACACUUUUAUUAUACAAUUUGCCCCUAAGCUAUCGAUUAAGACUACUCAGAACUUGAUCAUUCCAACCGUUACUGAGAUCUGAUAAUCUCGUAUGUGUGGAACUCGCUGACUCGCCUAAAAAAGGAGUCACAUGAUUUUAUGAAAUGGCCGAGUUGCAUAUUAUUGGACAAGUUUCGGGCGCAAAAAAUUUUAAACAAUCACGUCUACUCUGCAAAUGGUAUUUUUACGUUGGUAAUGGUUGGAAAAUCAUAUUAGGGCAUGAAGAAGGACAAACGCAGGAGAGUUACGACCUUUAUACCAGUAAUUCAGUUUGGGAUCAUCCUAUAGAUUUGCAUUACACAACUCAGACAUUACAAAAUUCUCCGAAGUUAUUAUUGCAAGUGUUUUGCAGAGAUAAUUAUGGAAGGAUAAUAUUUCUUUCAUAUGGAGUAUAUAAUGUUCCAUUGUCACCUGGUUUUUACAUUUUAGAUUGCCAUACAUGGAAACCAAUUGGUACUUGGAAGGACAGAUUAUUUGAUAAAUUUCUAGGAAAAUGUUUACAAUUAAAGUCACCUAGUGUUUUAAUUAAUGCGUUGGAUAGAUAUGAAAUAUUAACACAAAGUAUGGGAACAGUGAUUGUUAAUUUACACAUCAUGGCAAGAAAUUUUGAUAAAUUUGGAUGUCAAAUGUGAACAGAUAAAUAGAAACAAUAAAAAUUCGUAUAAGCAAA